GCAUACAGUGACCAAAUCUGCCAAUGGCAAAAUCUAAGCAAGCCGUAAGGCUUUCAUCCAUGCAAGCCAAUCCAUAACAAUAGGAUGAAAGAACAAUAACAAAAAGUAAUUUCGUUAAUGUGACUAACAAAAGUCAAAAGUGAUUGAAAGCGCAGAGGAUACGACUGGCGACAACGGAGCUAAAGUUACCGCAAGUAUGAAAGUGAAUAUUGAGCAACUUUAGCUUUGUAUAAUAAUGAUAAUAUGUAAUGCGAGGGCUACUCUUGUUUAGGUUUUUAGUUACUUUUGCCAAACUAUGUAAAGCUGCUGCAUCCAUACUUUGUGAAUGACGGAGUACAAGUACAGAGCUAGCUUAGCCGGUUUGUGCAAUAUCAUCAGGGAAAGUAAGUAUGUACGUAAAUAAGCCACAGAAAUAAACUUGGACAGGACAGAUUAUAGGAACUGACUGACGGUGAAAGUGCACCUCGUUUCACGACUAUUAUCAUCAUCGGUUGUCGGCUGUAGGAGGAUAAUUUUUAUAUUGAAUUAUAUGUUCGACGAGGUUCUGUGUUAUCGUUCUUUACGGUAGAUACUGUUUUUGGUAUGAGACAAUUGUAAAAAAUAUGACUGAGGUAUGCGCAUGCAUAAAUACAUGCAUAAAUCGUAAACACAUUUAUCCUUAGUUCAUUUAAUUCAGUGAGUACGUAUAUGUAGUUCCUGCAUUUGUCAGUUUCGCAUUAAGGGUUAUUACUCACUCCAGAUAUUUAGCGUCACUAUUGCGUACUAAAGUUAUAUAUGGCAAAUGGCGUUGGUAAUUGUGCUUAAUUUAAUGUUUUGACAUUAUGGAUGGAUUGGGCGGACAUUAACAUUUUCGUGAGAGUGAACUGUGCCUAGAGUCCAUGAAUUAUUACGGAUUUAUUUUCUCCCUCUACCUCGUAUGUGACAAAAUUGGUUCAUAUUGUUCCUGCUCGUUCAGUUGUCCUUUUAUAUUCGACACCAUAUUCUGCAUUAUAUGAUUAAACUUGUAAAUAUGCAACGCUUCGAUCGAAACAAAGGCAAAAUUGGCCAAGUGGUGAUAAUCAGAGUGGAACAACGUCCAUAUUUUUUGAGAGCUUUCUCUGCUUCAUACGAUAUUUAUUACAAGGUUCCAGCGACGGAUAUGUAGUUGUGUUGGUGUCGUGCUCAUGCCAUUUUAGUGAUUUGCGAUACUAUGAUUCUAAAUGAUACUCUGCUAAAUGCUACGGUUAAACGAAGGUAUAUGUACGAAACGAGAAAUGGACGUUCCAAAAAAGUUGACUUUAUUCGGAGGUUACAGGCGAUAUGCUGCUGUGACGACAUUGGGAUACAAAAAAUUAAUAACUCGAAUAUGUAGAUAGUCGUCUUGCUGACAGGACACCUGAUGCUAUUGUAAAGUUGAAAACGGACGUUAUGAAAUCGAAGAAGCCAGAGCUACAAUUCCAACGUGUAUAUGUACGUGCAAAGCUAUCAUGAAUAUACAGAGGUUUCAUGACAUAGUGUCAAUUAUUGCAGCGAGGAAGGAAUAUCAUAUCGAUUUUCGAUCCUUUCAUUUUGCUGGAUUCUCAUUACUCAGCGAAAUCACAAGUACAUGGGGAAGAGUAGUGAAAUCAAUUCCAUUAGAAUGGCAUGCAAGUAACGAAGCAGUAAGAAGAGUCGAACCAGCAAAAUUAUGAGAUCACGACAGGUAUUGCAUAUAUAUUUGUAGCUUUAAAGUAAAGGAUAAAUCAAAUAAAUGCCCAUGAUUUGGACGAGAAAUGCCAUGUCUAACUAUAUAAUUCUAACUCUAGUAUAGCUCUUUUAAACCUCUCUGGGAGACGUACACUGAACAUUUCUAUUUAUUUACAUGUCAUGAUAAUACAAAUUUAGCAUAAUAUCUAAAUAUCUAUAAUGAUGUUACCUCUAUGAGAAUAUUAAGAGUCAGUCGAGCGAUUUCAUAAUAAAUUGCACCUACAAUAACUAGCGCAUAUGUGUGUAUGCAAGAAUGUAAACAAGUUAGAAAAAAAUGUAGUGGCACCAUUUUAAUAUUGUUUAUGUAGGCGGGUAGUGGAAAUAAAUGGUGGAAUGAUGUGACGGGUAAUACUCUUUCUUUCAUGUACACCUCUGUAUAUACUGCCAACAUGUAUAUCAUCCAAGCGUAUACAUGUAUAAUCAGAAAUAAGAUGAAUGAGGAAAGUUGAGUAGAGUAAACUUGAGCAAAUAAAUAAAUCAAAAUCGAAAACAAGACUUUUUUGUUGGAUUGCAGCUUAAGCCAACUUUAGCUGGAACUAUAGUACAUAAAAUAGAGUAGUAAAAAGCCAAAGCCUCUACUUAACUUGACUUGGCUCACUUCAACUUAAAAAAUGAGCAGAUAGAUAAUACUCUUUGCCUGGAAGUCAGUUGAGAGCUAAGAGAUGAAUGAAUCCGAAUUGACAAGAUGCACAGAGCAGAUCAUAUACAUGCCCAUCGUCUUUUUUCUCAGCACCAAGUUGUUUCGCUAUUCAUGCCCACAAAACCAGCAGAUCUUUACAUGGACACACCACCCGCACACGAAUUACAUAUGUGUUCAAUUGAAUUGAACAACUUGACUAUUAGGAGGCGGAAAGGAGUAGACAGACUUCAUAUGUGGUUAUCAAAUUGCUGGAUGAGGAUGCCAAAAAGAUGUGUUCAAGUUAUUUACUACUAAAUAACCAAGAAACAAACUAGACGAGGUUAAUCACAACCUUUUUCUCCUUAUCGUGCAUCCGUAUUAUUCUGACGUUACCCAGUCCAAACCAGAACUAAACUGGAUGAGCGUUGUCGUGCUCCUAGCUGGUUAACUCUACUUUUCAGACGGGACGCAAGUCGUAGUUAGCAGAGAGCUUCCCCAAAUGACAAAAUUGGAUAGUUUUAGACUCUAAAAAAAUUGCAAUUCAUCUCAAUGAUAUUUGAGUAAACACGAUGACUAAAUUGAUCCUGAGUGUGUAAAGUUUAAGUGAAAUGGAUUACGCAUCUCCAUGCUUUACUUGAUCUCGCAGUUUCAUGCGACUUGAGUGCACAUGGUCCGUGAAACUAGAUCACAUUUUAAAAAUAAUCACUCCAUUACACCCAACACAUCAAAUACACGCGUGUUUUUAACAUUACUUUAUUUAACAAAACGCUGGUGAAGUUUAUUGUUGAAACAGAAUAUUAUAAAAAGUUUACAGUUUAACCUGAUAUCGUGCACAAGCCUAAAUUCCACAGCAUUUACCAAAUUCCAUUUGGCUUCAUGAUAUCUAUAUCACAAGUGUCCUAUCCUAGUAGUAAAAAACACGUAAAUGCAUGUGUGAUGGUCGCAUAAAAAUAAGCGUUGGGUUGAAUACAAGAAACAUUUAAUCUGUUUUGCCACAUGGUGUUGUUGUGGAUACCUAAUCCUGUGAGAUAAAUGAUAGGUUUAUGGGCUCCAAUUUUGCUAAAUAAGGAAGGUUGAACUUCAGGUUUUAAUAAGUCCAAUAUGUUUCAUGAUGACCCCAAAUUCAGACGGUCCAAGGAAAAUUAACAAAUACAUAAGAAAAUAUAUUGUUCCACACAAUAGGAAAGUCACAAAAAAUUAAUUACGGUUGACAGUGGUUGAGGCGAUAUUUACUCAUAACCAUUAUUUUAAUUAUGUAAAAUAUGAUAAAUAAAGCUAGUCCCUUCGGUUGAACAUUUUACAAACAUUCAAAUAAUAAUUAUAUUCCCGUAUGAAAAUGGUAUGGCGAAUCCUGCAGAAACCGGCACAACUUCCCUACACAGUUGAUUGUGCAGGUAACUAUAUGCCGAAUUAUGAAUAACUGGCAUGAGAUUUAUGUCGAACAUAUUCUGCAUAAAAAACCUAGCAUAAUUAUGCACAAUCCCCAUAAUAUUUAUGCCGAACAUUUUCUGUCUGAAAAAUUCAACCUAAUCAUGCAUAAUAUCCGUGCCAUAUCUUAUAUGCAUAAAAUUAUUUGGCAAAUUGUGACUAAAAAUUAUCUGCUUAUUGUGUAUAACAAAGUACGUUGACACAUUUAUUUAUUCCAGUUCAAUUGUAUUCAUAAGUUCGGUAACUAUAUAUAAAUUCCCAUUUUCAUCAUAUUGACAAACAAAUUUCAUACGCUCUACAUUAGUUGACAAUUCGAACCUAACAUCAUCGCUAACUGAUAUAAUUUUAUUCGACUUUGGUGAAUCUUUACACUCAGCUACAACACACUUUUUCACGAGCAAAAUCGCAUUUGGGAUACCAAACAAAUUAAGUAGUUUAAAAAUCACAUACAAUUUACCGUUAAUUUUAACAAUAGAGUUCACCCGUUUGAUUGUAUCACUAUUACUGGAAUUAAAAAAUUUACCAGAUAUAAUACAUGAUUUGUAACUAAAACCUUCACUGUGCAUGUACCCUAAUUUCUCUAGUUUCUUUCUCUCAGUUGUACUAAAAAUGUAUAUCUUUUUUGCUCCCAAAAGUGUGCAAUUAUCAAGGGGACAGGACUUCCUGGAGUAUUUCUUAUUUUCUAUCAUUGAAAUAUGAAAAUCUUUAGCUAUGCCGUUUUGGAAAUGGACUUCCCCCAGAGAACAAACUUUUUGAGCACAUAUAAUUCUACUAAUUAUUUGUGACCCUACUUCUCUGGUACCGCAAUAGCUAUUUGUCAGCACCCCAUUAUAGUUUUCGAAUUGGAACAACGAAUAGCUCCACAAGGGUCCCCAGCGUCGCACGCAAUCAGCAGCGUGAGUUAGUAAGUGGAUGUUAAAACUACAGUAGCUCUUAUCAUAUAAAUUAGGAGUUAACAAACAAAAUUCUUUAACCAAUUUCUCAGCUUCGUUAAUCUUAUCUAAUGUUACAGUAUCCUGGGAUAAGGUUGAAAUAGAAACAAUUAACUUGGCGAAGUGUUUCAAGUAACAAUUUGGCAAAAUACCUCGCAAUAAUGGUAUUGCAAUGACCAUCCAAGUUUUCCACUCGCUGGCUUUCCAAUACUUCAUUUCUUUAAUUUCCCUCAUACUUCGACUACAUUCAUGUGGAAUUUUACAUUUCGCAAUUCGUUGAUUAAUUUCUUGCGCUUUUGUGCCAAUAUAAAAUGGUUCAGAGUGGUUUUUUGACUCUGUCCAUGCAAAAGCGAAAGUGCGAACAACUCCAAGCAAAACGUUAUGCAUAUAGUCAAAAACAAACCCUCCAACAAUAUCAAAAUUUUUCAGAUUAAUAAGAGGAGAUGCUAAUUUGAUCCCAAAAUGAGACGCAACUAUAGACCCGUGUUGAAGUUUGUCUCUUAACUGCAGUAGAUGUUGCACAAAUAUUUCUUUAUCUCGUUUUAUCGAAGUUUCAGUAGGAUCAAAUAUCCAUUUAUGCCUCGAGUCAGAUAUUUUAAAAUUUUUUCCCUUAGCAAGGCACCAUGGGCAGCUAUAUUCGCCAUUGAACUGGUUAAUUCCUUGAAUUUGACAUCGAGCAACAGAAUCCGCAGCGAACAAAGGGAAAAAUAUUUUACUGGUCAUCAUUUUGUUGUUAGCCGUCCAGACAAUUCCUUCUGUAGAUAAUUGGGCUGCCUGUUUCAUGAAUGGAUUUAGAAAUAGAGUAAAAUUUGGCUUUCCUUGACCUAGCCAAAGACCUCCUAGAAUCGUGUGUUUUCUACGGAGUGGAUAGUCAAGUUCGUUAAUGGAUAGAAGAAGUGGCCACACACUAAACCCUGAUGAGUUAAAAAUUGAGACACCAUCAGUAUUUAAGCAGCAAGUCAAGUCAUACUUUUUUAAUUUUAAUUUUUUGUAGUCAGAUCCGUCGAUGAUGUCACUUAUUACGUUGCUAGCAUUAAGAUUGUUGGCACGUUUCACAAAGUUCUUGAUAAUUGACUUCGAGAUUGCUUCUUUUUCUAAAAGUGAUUUCAAUACAGAUCCAAUAUCGAAGGAGACAAAAUAAUUCCCAUCUUUGAUUGCCUUAUGCAUAUUAACUUGUCCACAUUUGAUACAAUUAUCCGAGUUUUCAAUAAUGCACUGACAUUUUUCACAAAAGGGGAUCUUCUUUGCUAAAGUGUAGUCAGGUCCCAGCAUCUUGUUCAACAAAAACAUUGACGUCGGGAUUGAUGCUCCAGUCGGUAAGUGAAAAUUAAUUAACGUUAGCAAAUCGGUCAUUGCAGAUUUACUGAGUUUGUGACGGAUGGCGAAUCCUAUUACUAACAUACAACUUUCCGUUGUUGUAAGUUUUGCCCCAGGAAAUAUUUUGUAUUGUUUGUUGUGGUGCUAGGAUAAUUAAAAUAUUCUUAGUUAUAGAAUUGAGCGAAAUAUUGAUUAUUUUGAUAAAUGAACUCAUUGGCUACUUCAUUUUGAUCGUAAUCGUCCUCAUCAUCGUCGUCGUCUGAACUUGUACUGAGGCCAGAUUCGGAAACUUCCGCAUCGUCGUUCAUAUCCUAACAGUGUAGUUGUAAAGUAUACAUAAAGCUAAAAUAGUUGAUAUACUGUAUCACAAUUGGUAUUGUCAUAUUACCAAUUGAGGUAACGAUGGGUAAAGAUUGUCAUCCAAGGCCUCAUUACUUUUUCCCACCGUGUUGUCGCAUUGCUGGUUGGGUUGAGUAUUAUUAUUUAAGCCAACACCAUCAACCGCCGACUAAUUUAAAAAUAAUAAUUUAUUUUUCGAAUUUUUCAUAACUAGAUUGGAAUUUACCCAGCGGCGUUUUAUCCUAUGCCGGGUCCUUAUUGGUAUACUUGUCACUUUCGCGCAUCCUCCACGAGAGCCAAAAUAGCUCUUAUAAUUUCUACGGGUUGACAUUUAGUAUUCAAUUGUUGAAGUACUUAAUUUAAUAAGUUUCAAAUGUGCUACUUGUGACGAUUCGGGGGUUACUUUGGACAUACUAAACUCUGCUCUACAAAUAGUGGGAAUCUUUGGAAGCAAUCAGUGUGGAUGGCAACUUAACCAACUGCUCGCUCGGAAUUUCAUUCUCAUUUACUAAAUAUCUACGAUUCCAAUCAAAAUGACAUUUAUUUUAAUUGAGUGGUCCAACGAACGUCCCAAAAAGUAUUCAGUCGUAUCCUCCGAGAAGUUUGAAGAUGGAACGUUGCGUGCUAAUCCUCAAAAUUUACUGGGACAGGUUGUGCAAGUUAUUUGGAGUCGUGGGAAAAUCUACCCUGGUUUGGUUUUAAAAAUCGCCAAUGAUGAGGAAGCCUUAUCUGAUGAAGCUGAUUUAUUGGCUAUGGCUUGUUCUGCCGCUCAAGCCGUGGAAACCGGUGAGCAUUCUGGCAUAAAGAGGAAAAAUACAGAAACCAAAUCAAAGAAGGGCAACAAAUCCACGACGACAAAACGGAUUCGCGACAUAGAAGAGGUUGUAGCCAAUCUUGUUCCUUCAGCUGAUCUGCAAGAUGUCCAGUCACAAGAGGAAAGUCACUCUUCUGGUCAGGAACAGAUCCCCGAAGGAGGAAAUGAAUCAGUGGAUUAUUCUGAAAAAUAUUUGAAAAUGAAGCAGAAGUACAAGGCAUUGAGAAUUAAAUAUAAGGAUUUGAAAUCCUCAGUCAGAGAACCAUCCGAGGUCGAAAUUUACGCUAACAGCGGUGUAACAUUGCCCAUGGCCGAUUUGACUUCCAUCAAAAUGGUUUCGUCCAAACCUACUGUGCUAGCACGCAAUUUAUUUAGACGGCUCUUUACGACAGAAGAACUUUCGACGCAUUCUCCUUUAGGGAAGAAAUGCAACGCCAACAGCAAUGCCGCGCCUCCUCUUCCAAUCAUCGACAUACCCAAACGGGACGCUGUGAUCAAAUUUGUUCUGAAAGAGCAAGGGCUUGAUGGACUACCAAAUUCUGGUCAUGCUGCCGAAGACAAAAUUUUCAACAAGAAUAAGAAGGUAGCAAGGAAGGAGAUUAUUAAAUCAUUAUCAGAUUUUUUGAGGGAGGAGCAGAAAAAGGCCCGUAAUUAAUUUCAAUUUGAUGUAAUCAAAUAUUUGAAAAUUUAUUUACUUGAGAAAAAUAAAAUCACUAGAGAAAAAUA